UUUUUUUUAUUUUAUUUUUUUUACCGAGAAGGCAGUUAUAUUGCUAUUUAUAUUAUAAUGAGUAUUAUUUUUGUUGGGUUUCCAAACCUGAAUCCUAUGCUCUAGUGUAAAUGCAGCUUCAUGGUCUAUAUCUUACACGAAAUCACCUGGGUUGCCAGAUUUGAUACACGAGACAAAGUUCGUUUUACAUCUAUUACCAGUACGUUAAGUUGAUAUAAAUGUUUAUAUUUACACACACACACACACAUCUCGUCACCCACAGCUUAUGUUAUGAGAGUGAGUUGAAGAGGUAAACAGUAUAACAGAGGACCUGGCAACAGAGUUAACUGGUACAAGCGGGAACGCUCACUUUCCACACAGACCCCGUCUGAGGUAAAAUCUGAGGUAUAAAAAAAAUCUGCCGUGUUGUGUAAAUUAGUCAGCUAUAAUAAUUGUGGUAAUUAUUUUGUAUUAACUGUAUUUAACCAGCUGCCAGCUAAGUAGUUAAUGUAAUACUCACAAAUACAUGCCAUUUAGUUGGCGUUUAGCAUCUAGCUAACGUAAAUGGGAAAACAUUCAGUGACAAGUAAUAGCUGCGUUUUAGCGGAAGAAAAAAAAAAACCUAGCUAAAGUGGCUUUAGGUAGUUAAAAUGUAUUUAAACAUGUAACAGAAGUAAUGUCAUAUUACCUCCGCCCUGAAACAUUAAUGUUGUUUAUAUUGAAAUAUUUGUGAUAUGAUGAGUGAUCCUGGUGCUACUUUGUUGGCUAGUGCUCCAUUUUCUUUAUUCUUCUGCAGUGUACACCGAUCAGGCAUAACAUUAUGAACACUAACAGGUGAAUUGAAUAACAUUGAACAUCUCAUCAUGGCACCUGUUAGGGGGUGGGCAGCAAGUGAACAUUUUUGUCCUCAAAGUUGAAGUGUUAGAAGCAGGAAAAAUGGGCAAGUUUAAGGAUUUGAGCGAGUUUGACAAAGGGCCAAAUUGUGAUGUCUAGACGACUGGAUCAGAGCAUCUCCAAAACUGCAGCUCUUGUGGGGUGUUCCCGCUCUGCAGUGGUCACUAUCUAUCAAAAGUGGUCCAAGGAAGGAACAGUGGUGAAUCGGUGACAGGGUCAUGGGCGGUCAAGGCUCAUUGAUGCACGUGGGGAGUGAAGGCUGGUCCGUGUGAUCCGAUCCAACAGACGAGCUACUGUUGCUCAAAUUACUGAAGAAGUUAAUGCUGGUUCUGAUAGAAAGGGGUCAGAAUACACAGUGCAUGACGGGUCAGGGCUGUAUUAGCAGCAAAAGGGGGACCAACACAAUAUUAGGCAUAAUGUUUUGCCUGGUCUGUGUAUGAUUACCAUUCAGUCACAGGGGCACAAUUCAAAACAUAUGGGAUCUUAAAAUAUAAUAUCGCCUAAAAAAUACUUACCAGAUUCCAGUGAUGUUCGAUAUAAUUCUCAUGAUAUAUUCAACAUAAAAGUAGUGCAGCAGUUGUGAGUUGUGGAUUAGCAGGAUAUUGAGCAGAAUGUAAAUCUCUUGACUUUCAUGUCAAGUUCACCUCACAUAAAGCGACUUAGUUCUUUCUAACAAGUUGAUGGUUAAUCACUUGUUUAUUUUAGCAAAAUGGCAUCCACAGGAAGAAAACAGAACAAGAAGUCCAAACAAUCAGAAGACUCCUCACACCUUCAGGCUUUUGACUUUAAAAUAGAAGUUGAAAAGAAGGGUCUUAGUGGCUCGGAGGAUGAAGCGAGAGAAGAAACGCCCAUCAUUGAUAAGUCGGGUAAGAAAAGAUCUGCAAGUACAUUUGAGGAAAAUGACCUUAUUGUAGGCGUAGGGAAUGAAGUUCAGACAAUGUUUGAAAAGUUUGGAGCUGACAUCAGCAAGGUAAUGCAGGCUAAAAGGAAACGCCUGGAAGCUAUCACCAAAAAUUCACUGAAAGGCAGCAACCAGAAAAUAGAGCAGCUGUGGAAGACCCAGCAUGGCCAGAGGCAGAAGCUGACGCAGGAGUACUCCCAGCAGAUGCUGUCAGUGCUGCGUCAGUGGGAGGCAGAUGUUCAGAAAUCUGAGGAGCAAGAGGAGAGACUGAAUAAUUUAUUUCAGCAGCAGCAGAAGUUCUUCCAGCAAGCACGGGUUGUGCAAAGUCAAAAAAUAAAAACUGUAAAAGAGCUGUAUGAGCAGUUUGUAAAGAACAUGGAGGAGAUGGAGAAAAGUCAAGAAGCUUUCUUCCAGGGAGCACAGAUGGAGUUGAAAAAGGAGAUGGCUCUGCUGCAGAAAAAGAUAAUGAUGGACACACAACAACAGGAAAUGGCCACUGUGAGGAAGUCCCUCCAGUCCAUGCUGUUUUAACGUUUUGUUCAUUUAGAAGACUUCUAUAAUGCUCAUGGUGUCAUUAUAAAUGUUUAGUAUAUGAAAUGGAUACAGUUAUUUGGAUGCAAGUGAAUGAAAGUUUGUGUUCAUAGUUGUUUUUGCCAUUUUGUACAUAUAAAUUUGUAUAGAUUGUUCUCAGAUAAGAAAAAAAAACUUUUGAAAAUAUUCAGCAGUCAAGAUCCCCAGUAAAAGUAGACACAUAUUACAAAUGUAUUUUUUCCUCGAAGAUAGUGACAUUUGAGCUGACAAGCAAAAGGUUUUGAAGCUGGAAAUUUUUUUAAUUGUAAUUUUUUGAGACUGUA